AUGUCCGAGUCAAGCCCCGUGGACACAGAGAGCAGCCCCCGCCCGCUGCCGGGCCCCCGGGUCCCCAGAGGGGAGGAUGCGGAGCCCGGGGAGGAGAAGGUCUGCGCCGUGUGCGGGGAACCGCGCCACCGGAUCUCGCCGCUCAAAGGGGCCACCCUGGAGAUCUGCCAGAUCCAGUUCAAUGCCAUCUUCAACGCGGAGACCAACGCCCGGGAGCGCGGGCACCACCAGGGUGCCCUGGCCGGCUUCCAGCAGAUCUACUUGAUCAAGUUCCACGUGAGCCUGAAGAAGCUGCCGCUGCACAAGGCCAAGUACGUCCUGCUCCAGGCCGUACUGCUCUUCUCGCCAGACCACACCGGCAUCACCCAGCAGAACUUCAUCGACCAGUUCCAGGAGAAGGCGGCCCCGACACUCAAGAGCUACAUCGACCACCGGCACCCUGUGCCCGAGGGCAGGUUUCUCUACGCGAAGCUGCUGCUGACGGAGCUGCAGACGCUGAAGGUGGAGAACACGCGACAGGUUGUCCACAUCCAGGACCUGUCCUCCGUGAUGCCGCCGUUCUCCGAAAUCAGCUAG